GGAGAAACCGCUCCAGUGUUGGUAUUUGGCCGAGACUCCGAGACAGACGUAGCGCUGCAGGACAUCAGGUAUACUGUCUGAGAUGAAGCUGAACGUGUUGUUGGGGGUCGGGGCUCUGCUCGCCGUCUUCCUCCCUCGCUCUGCUGACUGUCACCCCGCCGAUGCAGACGACGCUGUUGCCACGCCAACAGGCCUACGCCUCCCGCGGCCGCUGCUGCUCCAUCUCGGGGAGGAGUUCUCCCUCCGGCUGGGGGAAGGCUCUGCUGCCUCCUCUCCCUCUCCCUCUUCCUCUUCCUCUUCCUCGGCGGUGAACGUGGCGCUGCUGCGGCUGACGCAGCGCCUCCUGCAGGCGCGCGCCGAGCAGCAGGAAGAGGAGAAGAAGAAGCGGUCUGAGGAGUCUCCCAUCUCUCUGGACCUGACCUUCCACCUGCUGAGAGAAGUUCUGCAGAUGGCGCUCGCCGAGCAGCAGGCGCUGCAGGCUGACAGCAACCGCAGGAUGAUGGACACAGCCGGGAAAUGAUCCAGGACGCUCUGCACCUCCUGACCCUCACCGUAACCAGAGCCCGUCUACGGAGAGCCAUUUCACUUCCCAUUAAGCCCCAUUGUACCGAAUUUGGUUGCAGUUCCCCCAUAGUUCCACUGGGGGUGAUCGCAGGAGAGUGCU